AUGGCCCGCAUCCCCCAGAUGUACGAGGUGCGGACGCACUCGCACUCGGCGCCCGCCCCUUCCAACCCCGCCCCAGCCCCCGCCACGAACCCCUUCGCAACGCCCAACAGCUCAGUGACCAACCUUGGCGCCCCGCCGCGCGACGACGACCGCAACAGCACCAACCUGAGCUCGAUCGGCGGCCUCCUCAUGUCCAGCAGCUGGGACGACGCCCCGAAGAUCAGGCAGGGCCGCGCGCGCUCCUCGACGAUUGUACAUGCCCCCUCCCCGGCACCCACAGCCCACGAAUACAGCAGCAGCACGCUGCACGCGCGCGUGCAGAGCCUGGAGGGCGAGCUUGACGACGACAACCACCGCUCCUUCUUCAGCGAUGCGAGCGGACCCAUCGCCCCCGCGCGCGUCGGCGCCAGCGCCAGUGCACCGCCGCCACGCGGCGACUCGCUGCGCGAGGGGCAACCACCCGCUGGGGGCUCCGGCAUGACCUUCCCCGUCGCAACUCCCAGUCCGCGCAUCCAGCAAGCGCCCCUCCCGCAAUCCUACCCCGAAAGCCCGUAUCAACAGCCGCGCCCUCCCCAAGGCAUGCAAGGCAAUCCACAAGGCCAAGGCCCGCCAGCCGGCAUCCUCCAGCCCCGUCCGCAGCGCCCCGGGAUCCAGGUUGCGCUGCCCGUGUUCGCGGGCGCGGCGCCCGUUUCGCCCAUGCUCGCCGCGCCGCCGCGCGCCCACUUCUCGCCCAUGGUACCCUCGCCCAGCCCGUCCAACGACAACGCCAGCAUCCGGGGCCACGACUUUCUGCGCGAAAAGAACGCCACAUUCCGCGAGGGCGAGGAGGAGGUGUUCACCCCCUUCAGCCCGCGGGCGCGGCAGGCCGGGCCCCGUGCGCGCGCGCCUGGGCGCAAGAGCGUCUACUCGACCGUCGACUUCUGGAAGCGUCUCAGCCACGUCGCGCGGAGCCACGAGAAGGAGAGCUCGUUCCUCGUCGAGCGCCGCCGCACGAUCUGGCGUAACCCCAUGUUCGUCGUUCCGCUGUUGCUGACGCUGUUAGCCAUCGCUGCCAUUGUCGUCUGGCUGGUGGUCAAGGUCGGCGCCUAG